CGACAUUCAUAUGCCACACGAGCAUUGAUAUCAACCCGGUCUCUCCAGUCCGGGCUUGGACUCGGAACGAACCGUCGUUAAUGGUUCCGUCAUCUGAUCCGUGAGGUCUUCUAUCAACUCCUUAUUGGACGAUCUGCGAUCAACUUCAAUGCCUCGCGCACCUUUGAUUCCGAGCACGCAACCGCUCGUGAUACGGUGCUGUCACAACAUCUGGCAUUCGGCCCUGUCAAACGUUGUCUAGCCUGCCUACUGGAGUAUAAAAGCUCUCAAGAGCUUAUGAGAACAAUGUGGCUCGCCUCGCUUCCUCUCACUCAAAUUCUAAUUGGUGCGCCGCGCACUGCACCAUGGCCACGACCUCGCGCCAGAGUGUGCACCAUACUGUCUCCGAAAAGACGCAUGAAACAGGCUCGGACUCCCAUGGCUCGGACUCGGGAGACGACAUUCGCGCUGCUGUACCCGCUCUGCGUGGACGUCGACUGAUAAUGGCUCUCACCUUUGUGUCGGGCACCAACUUCAUUCUGUUUGGUUAUGACCAAGGCGUAAUGUCUGCCCUGCUCACUGCAAACCAGUUCGAGAAGGUGUUUCCUCAGGUGGUGGACGAUGGCCCUUCCAACCAUGCUACUUUGCAGAGCUUCAUUGUGGCGGUUUACGAAAUCGGCUGUCUAUUCGGCGCCUUGUCAAACUUGUGGCUAGGCGAUAAGCUUGGCAGGAGGAAGACGAUCUACCUCGGCAGCGUGAUCGUGAUAAUUGGUGCGAUACUGCAGGCUACGUCGUUCACUUUCACGCAGAUGGUCGUCGCCCGUAUCGUGUCGGGCCUAGGCAUCGGAUUGAACACAUCUACUGUUCCGUCAUAUCAGGCCGAGUGCUCGCCUGCCGCGAGCAGAGGUACUUACAUGGUAAUGCAAUGCGGAGUGUCCACGCUCGGCCUGAUGACCUCCGUGCUGAUGAGCAACCUUCGUACGAAUAAGUGGAUAGACUUCGGCUUCUACUGGCUGACCGGUUCAUCCGCCCAAUGGCGAGUGCCCAUUGCGCUACAAAAUGUCCUGGCAUCAAUGAUGAUUGUCGGCAUCGCAUUCCUACCCGAAUCUCCGCGGUGGCUUGCAAAGCAUGGUCGCGAUGCGGAUGCGCUAGCAGUGAUCUCUGCUUUGGAAGACAAGGUUUACACAAGCGAGCCUGUCCAGCUCACCUAUCAUGGUAUCCGUGAGGCUAUCGCUGUCGAGUCUCAUGUCGGGCCGUCGAACAAGUCGCCCCUCCAAGAGGUCUUCACGAACGGCCCUUCGCAAAACUUCCGGCGAACAUCCAUUGCUGUGCUUUGCCAGUGCUUCCAGCAGAUCUCCGGGCAGAACAUGAUAACAUACUUUGCUACGAUCGUCUUCCAACGCCUUGGAUUUAACGAUGUGAAAUCGCGCAUUAUGGCCGCCGCCAACGGCACUGAGUUUUUCUUAGCGAGCUUCAUCGCCGUCGGCCUCAUAGACCGUGUUGGUCGUCGGCCACUCAUGCUAUUUGCGACCACCGGGCAAUCUAUCACGAUGGUCGUCCUCGCUGUACUCGGCAGCAUCAACACUUCACGAUGUCAAAUCGCGUCGGCAGUGUUGAUGUUCGUGUUCAACACCUUUUUCGCGAUCGGUUGGCUGGGCAUGACUUGGCUGUAUUGCGCUGAGAUUGUCGGUUUGCGCAUUCGAGCGCCUGCUAAUGCCUUUAGUACGGCGUCUGUUUGGACGUUCAACUUUGUGGUGGUUAUGAUCACGAGCCCUUCCUUCCACAAUAUCGGCUGGCGAACCUAUAUCGUCUUUGCAUCUCUCAACGCCGCCAUCGUCCCGGUCAUAUACGUUUUCUUCCCUGAGACGGUUGGACGCUCUUUGGAAGACAUGGAUGUCGUUUUUGCCUUGGCUUACACUGAAGGAGUCUCCCCAGUGGCGGUCUCGCUAAGGAAAGACGUGCCGCUGGCUGGUACCCCGGAGGCGGAUGCAAUUCUCGGCGUCCGUCCUGAGGAGCGCAUUCAAAAUGUAGAGGAUGUCCCAUUCAAAGAAUAGACAGGUGGGGACCGUGGCUCAACGUCCCCAUUAGUGAUGAUCUGCUGCAAGGCGUUUAUGCGACGAGCAUUCGCACGCGCGUCCUGUAUGCUUUAUGAAAUGUGGAUGGAUUGGUAGGACGAAGUGCGUUGUGUGGAUAGUUUUGCACGACUUGUCUUAUCUACAUGACCAAGCGUUCUCCGAAUUGCGUAACACCAGGACCUCUGGAAUUGAAAUGCUGCC